GAAUUGCCCUUGACAAAGCAUACUUAGUGGGGCUUCUAUUCUUUCCCCCUCGUUUUUUUCCGACUUAGGAUUGGAGGAGGGAAAAGAAAUGCCAGUGGCGAAGCCACAAUCGUCUGAUGCCAGGAUCAUCGCACACGUUGACAUGGACUGCUUCUACGUUCAAGUGGAGCAGAGAAAGCAGCCUCAUUUGAGGGGUUUACCUACUGCUGUGGUGCAGUACAAUGAGUGGAAAGGUGGGGCUCUGAUUGCUAUUAGCUAUGAGGCCCGGAAGUAUGGUGUAAAACGUUCAAUGAGAGGUGAUGAGGCAAAGGAAGCAUGCCCACAUAUUGAGCUAGUCCAAGUCCCUGUAGCUCGUGGUAAAGCUGAUCUGAGUACAUACCGCAAUGCGGGUUCAGAGGUAGUAUCUAUUCUUGCAAGGAAGGGUCGUUGUGAAAGGGCUUCUAUUGAUGAAGUGUAUCUUGAUCUUACUGAUGCUGCAGAAGCUAUGCUAGCAGAAACUCCUCCAGAGAGCUUGGAAGUAGUAGAUGAGGAAGCUCUUAAAUCGCACAUAUUGGGGCUUGAAAGUGGGGAUGGAGUUGAUGCCAAAUCAAUUGUGAGGGAGUGGCUAUGUAGAAGUGAGGCUGAUCACCGUGAUAAAUUAUUAGCUUGUGGGGCCCUCAUUGUUGCAGAGCUUAGGAAGCAGGUUUUGAAGGAGACUGAAUUUACGUGUUCUGCUGGUGUUGCUCAUAAUAAGAUGCUAGCCAAACUUGCUAGUUCUAUGAAUAAACCUGCACAGCAAACUGUCGUGCCCCUUGCUUCUGUGAAAGAACUGCUCAAUUUGUUGCCAGUUAAAAAGAUGAAACAGCUUGGUGGGAAGUUGGGUACAUCCUUACAAAGUGAGCUGGGUGUGAACACUGUUGGUGAUCUUUUGAAAUUUUCAGAGAUUAAGCUGCAAGAACUUUAUGGCGUGAAUACUGGUACUUGGUUAUGGAAUAUUGCAAGAGGAAUCAGCGGCGAAGAAGUACAGGCACGCCUUCUCCCCAAAAGCCAUGGCUCUGGGAAGUCAUUUCCUGGUCCUCGGGCUUUAAAGACAGUUGCUUCUGUUCAACACUGGCUCAAUCAACUCUCUGACGAACUAAGUGAACGACUUUGCUCUGAUUUGGAGCAAAACAAGCGCAUUGCACGCACGCUUACACUGCAUGCUAGUGCAUUCAGGUCAGGUGAUACAGAUUCUCAUAAAAAGUUCCCUUCAAAGUCUUGCCCUUUAAGGUAUGGGACUGCCAAGAUUCAAGAAGAUUCCUUUAACCUAUUUCAAGCUGGAUUACGUGAAUAUUUAGGCUCAUAUGGAGUUAAAACUCAAGGAAGUCAUUACAAUGGAUGGGGAAUAACAGCUCUUUCUCUUUCAGCAAGUAAAAUUGUUCCUACAUUGUCUGGAACAUGUUCAAUCACGAAAUAUUUCCAUGGCCAAGAUGCAUCUAAUUCUUCUUUAAAGCAAUCGCCAGCUACCUUUACUGAAAAUACUACAUUGUUGUCGCCUUCAGGGAGUGAAAGCUAUUCCGAACUGAAUCCGACUGAGCCACAAGACGAGUUCCCUAGUGAAGAAGUACCUCUGAAACUUUCUGUGGCCGGUUUGGGUCAACAAGUAGAGAGAACAGAUGCAUACAAAGAACAGGAUCAAUCUUGCUGCAUUAUACAGCAGGCAUCUUGUAGCUUCACCCCAGAAAUUUCACCAUCUUCUUGCUCUGGUGGAACUGAAAGCUGUUCAGGACUGAACCAAAGUAAGCAACAGAGGGAUCAGGCUCAUUCUGAUGACUCCAGGACUAAACCUGUCAUGACUAAUUUGAAGCGGCAGGAACAAAAUAGAAAUCAAUUGAAAGACAAGGGAACUUCUUCAAUCUUGGAUUUCUUUAAGAGCCAGAGUCUUUGCUCAUCAUGGAAGCAGGAGCAUGUUGAAUCUUCUCAAAAUGCUAAUGCUACAGCUUCCAUAGGUGAUUACUAUUCAGUAUCGAUGCAAGUUCAGGAGCCAAUGGAGAAUUUUUUACCGGAGACUGCAACAAACAGUGGCAGAUCUAGCUCAGAUCAAAUUCAACAAACAAGUGAAGCAUGGAAUUACAGGAUUGAAGAGAUUGACCCCACUGUGAUCGAAGAAUUACCCCCACAAAUCCAAGAUGAAAUCCGAGCCUGGCUUCGGCCACAUAAGCGACCAAAUAUGGUAAAACGAAGUUCUUCCAUUGCUGAUUAUUUCUUACCAUCCAAAAACAGAUAGGAGAAUCCCAAAUGAUAUCCAUGUUCUCUCUCAAAAACUUAUAUGGAGCUGCAUCUGUAUCUGUAAAAUGUUCUUUCAUUCUUAAAUUGCGCUACACACUAAUUUGUAAGAGAAUGAUACAGAACAUGCAUGACAGUAGAAUGAAAAUAAAAUAAAGUCAGUUUUGUGGCUUAUUGCUUUCA